AUUCAUGUAGUGUAACUGCAAUUGGGAAAAGGCCUUGUCUGUUAAGUGUUCUGCGUCUUCGGGGAAGGUCCAGCAAGCUUCAGCUAUGGCCAGGGUACGUCCGAGCCUUCUGAGAAGGCCCGCCCCUUCUCACUUGCCCCCCCAGGCUCGUCGCCGAAAAUGGGGGGGUGAAGAAAGGUGCACCUGUCGGGCACCUUACGGACCCUGAAGAGGCCCUCCGAGGCCCACAGGGGUCACAAAAGGUGCACGCCUCCUCGCCUUCACAUUUAUCGCCCCCCACGAAGCAAAUUUCGAGGAUCGCUGGCAGAUCCCUGGGCAGUACGAGGUGAAGCAGCUCAUCUCGAAGAGCAAAAAACUGCGUCAGUAUGAUUUCUCGGAGGUCCGCGCGGAUUCCUUUGAUCGGCGUUGGGCCCUCUUGGCGGCGCCUCUGGCUCCGCCCCUGGCGCGCUCUUCGCGCCAGGGAGUGGGGACCAGCGCCGAUCCGAGAAGUCCACGCGGAACUCCGAGAGUCAUGCUUUUUUUUGCAGUGGUUUGUUCCUCAGUCGUCGGCUCCGGCUCCUACGGCAGCGUCUGCGAGGCCAAGGACAAGCGCAACAAUCGGCAGGUGGCCAUCAAGAGGAUAGGGCACCUCUUCGACGACUUGAUCGACUGCAAGCGCAUCCUGCGCGAGAUCGCGAUCAUGCGGCAGCUCUGCCACGAAAAUGUGGUGCAGAUUUACGACAUCGUGGAGCCCAGGAACAUGAAAACGUUCGACGAGCUCUACAUGGUGAUGGAGAUCUGCGACUCCGACCUGAAGAAGCUCUGCCGCACAGACGUGCAGCUCGAGCCGAGCCACGUCCACACGCUGCUGUACAAUUUGCUUGUUGGCAUCAAGUACCUCCACUCCGCGGGGAUCUAUCACCGGGACCUGAAGCCAGCGAACUGCCUCGUGAACCAGGACUGCUCCGUGAAGAUCUGCGACUUCGGGCUCUCGCGCGCCAUUGGGGAGGCUGCGCGGGGGACGGAGGAGCUGCCCAACACCCCGCGGGGCGACAACCAGGACGAGGCCCAGAAGAGGCCCGCAGUGCCCCACACCCAGCGGCUGAAGAGGAACCUCACCGGGCACGUGGUCUCGCGGUGGUACCGAGCCCCGGAGCUCAUCCUGCUCCAGGAGAACUACACGGAGGCCAUCGACGUGUGGUCCGUCGGCUGCAUCUACGCGGAGCUGCUGGGCAUGCUGGAGGGCACCGCGCCCCAGGAGCGGGGCCCGCUGUUCCCGGGCACCUCGUGCUUCCCCCUGUCCCCGAGCCGCAGGCACGAGACGGACUACAAGUACCACACCCGCGGGAAGCACGACCAGCUGAACAUGAUCUUCAACCUGCUCGGCACCCCCUCCGACGAGGAGAUGGACCUGCUGGGGCACGGGCGCGAGGACGCCAAGCGGUACCUCAAGUGCUUCGCGAAGCGGGCGGGGGCUGGUCUCCAGUCGAAGUUUCCGCACAUCCACCCGGAUGCCAUAGCGCUGCUUGGCGGCCUGCUGAAGUUCAAUCCUCAAGACAGAAUAAAUGUCGACAAGGCAUUGGACGACCCCGUGUUCGCAGAGAUGAGGGACCCGGUCAGGGAGACCCCAUCCGCGCACUUCAUCUCCCUCGACUUCGACCGGGAGCCGGACCUCGACGAGAGCAAGCUCCGGCAGUAUUUCAAGCUGGAGAUCCGCAAGUAUCAUCCUGAGCUGCAGGAAGAGGACAAGAUGAAGGCGGAGGCCACGCCGCCCGCCGUGGCGGCCAACGCUGCCGUCGACACGGCACCUGAGAAAAUCAGGGGCGCGUUGGCCGCCGCCAGCGACGGGGCCGACCCGGGCGAGGACUCGGGUGCCUCCAGGUGGCGGGCCAAGUACGGCUUCUACUUGCACUGCUUCGACGGUCUGCCGCCAAUCCUGUACCAGGUUAGGCAGAUCAAGCAGUUCUUCCCAGGGUCGCCCAUCUACAUCAUGAGCGACGGGGGGGAGGACUACAGCGAGCUCUGCAGGCAGUACGGGUGUCAGUUCGAGCUCUGCCCACCUGCAAACGACAGGUGGAACCCUUGGCCAUUUAUCCGCCGGUUCUACGACGCUACCGUCGCUCUGAAUUCGGAGUACGUUAUCAUGCUCGAGCCUGACAACACAAUACACGGAGGGGGUUACGUCACCUGUGUGGAGCGCUUACGAUCCCUAUGUGAACCGUAUACGACCCCUCUGCUAAUCGUGUACGAUGUCUGUGUGAAUCGUAUAAGGGGCCUCGUGUUAAUC